AUGAUUUUCACGAAUUUUGCAUUCCUUUAUACUUCAAUUCAGGAGCGUCCUGAGUUGAAGUUAUCCUCUCACGGGAGGAAGGUCCAUAGUUUAGGCAGGUCUGUCCCUGCCAUUGAGGGACUCGUUGCUGGGACAGGACUAAGUCCUCUGAUCGCGUGUUCAGUAGACACUGGCGAUCGGGGACUUUUGUCCUCGUUUGUGGAGCGGUGGCACCGGGAGACGUCUAGUUUUCAUCUACCAGUGGGAGAGCUCACGAUCACGCUGGACAAUGUCUCCUCGCUUCUCCAUCUGCCCGUGGUUGGCGACUUGCACGCCUUUCAGCCCUUGCACGUGGACGAUGCGGUUCAGAUGCUGGUAGACUUACUGAUGGUCUCUGCAGAGUCUGCCAGGGCUGAGAUAACCCAGUAUCGUGGAUCGUACGUACGCCUGCAAUGGAGUGCAACUAAUGUUCAUGUUGUGUACUUGGAGGCCCUUUGUGACCUCAGUAUGACGGAGAGGUAUGCCUGGGGAGUGGCUGCUCUGGUGCAUAUGUACGACCAACUGAAUGAUGCAUCUAUCAGCCACAACCAACAACUUGGCGGUUACAUCACAUUGUUGCAGUGUUGGAUUUACGAGCACUUUCCGUCAGUCGCGGACUCCACUACUGAUUAG